GUCCACCUCUGGGGAACACAGACUGACUGUACCGAUAAGCCCGGACACGGGGCUGUGUGUGUCCCCGGGGCGUCCUGGGACCCUGGCUGGGGUUGGGGACGGAGAGCAGCAGCGAGGGUCUACUUGUGAGUGCAAGAUGAAGCUGCUCUGCGCCUUAUUCCUCCUGUGGCUUGGCCUGGUAGGGAGCCUGGCUCAGAGUGACCCCAGCCCCAAGGAAGAGGAAUCCUAUUCCGACUGGGGCCUGAGGCAGCUGCGGGGCAGCUUCGAGUCGGUCAACAGCUACGUGGAUUCCUUCAUGGAGCUGCUGGGAGGGAAGAAUGGAGUCUGUCAGUACCGGUGUCGAUAUGGAAAGGCGCCGAUGCCCAGACCUGGCUACAAAGCCCAGGAGCCCAAUGGUUGCAGUUCCUAUUUCCUGGGUAUCAAGGUACCAGGAAGUAUGGACCUGGGCAUCCCAGCAAUGACCAAGUGUUGCAACCAGCUGGACGUCUGCUACGACACCUGCGGUGCCAACAAAUACCGCUGCGAUGCGAAAUUCCGAUGGUGCCUCCACUCAAUCUGCUCUGACCUCAAGCGGAGCCUGGGCUUCGUCUCCAACGUGGAAGCCUGUGAUUCUCUGGCUGAUACCGUGUUCAACACCGUGUGGACCUUGGGCUGCCGACCCUUUAUGAACAGUCAGCGGGCAGCCUGCAUCUGUGCAGAGGAGGAAAAAGAAGAGUUAUGAAGAGGAGGCAGCUCUUCCAGGCUUCGAGGCACAUCGGGGCUGUUUCAAAGAUGGCUGUGUGGCACGAGAGCCAUCCUUUCUUCAAACCCUUCGGAGAUCACGAGCUGGAGAAGGGAAGCAGCAGGAAAGUUGUCCUUUGAGGAAAGUUAAGAAAAAGGCACGCAGAAUCUGAAGACUGUUCGCUGUCCCCGGUCGAGAACCGUGUGCCUGGAAAUUCAGUUCUUAGCUGAAGGACCGCUACACGUAGAUCCUGUUAUUCCUAGAUCUGGUCAUGACAGUCAUAAGCGAAAUCUGGGGAAGCCCAAACAUUUGGGAGAUAAUGACUUUUCUCGGGCCCAUGUUUCAGUUGCCAGUUGACACCUCACAUUUAAUAAAACACACUUUUUAGAAAACUCUAAGAGAGAUGAAUGAAUUCCAUUCUCAUCUAUAGUUCUAUCUCACUUAAGGAGGACAGCAUCCAGGCCGGUAGGCAAGUUCUACCCAUGAGAUUCCUCACUGGGGAGCAGAGGCUUGUCUGAUGAAGGUCAGAUGGAAUUAGGGUCCCUGAGCUUCCAUUUCUCCCUCCAGUGGCCUGUCCCCGUGGGUCCACUCAGACUUCAAGCUCUGUGAGAGUCAUUUGCAGAUCUGAGAUGUGUCUGGUUAGGGGUAGGAGGUAUGCUUGGGAGUGACAGGCCAUCCCCUCAAUUGUGGCUCUCAGCACAGACUGUGCAUUAGGAAUACCUGUGGACCCAUUAAACAAAGCCAGUCAAGACUCUGUGGGCGGUGCCCGGGCCACUUCCGAUACUCUGCAGAUGUUCUGUCGCCCCAAGCAGGCCACCAAUGUGGAUUAUAAUUAGCCAACGAUUAUAAUUAGCCUGCCUGUUACUAUGAUUCAGUCCAAGGCCUGCUGUUUUGUACAGCCUUUCUGAACACAGCACACUCACUUUUACAUUUGUUUAAAGCUGCUCUCACCCUGUCAUAUGAGAGAGAGAGAGAGAGAGAGAGAGAGAGAGAGAGAGAGAGAGAUUAUGACAAAGACUGAAAUGCCCCAAUGUUUAAAACAGUUACCUUUGACUAUUCAUAGAGAAACAUUGUUAAUUUCUGACCCAAAUUUCCCACUCCUUCUAUUUCCUUUCCUAAUUUCAUUAAGUUGAAUCAGAAUUGCCUACCAUCCCUCACGGCAAUUAAAGAGACCCCUGCCCCCAAAAGAAAACUCAAAACGGAACUGUUUGUUGCCGCCAUUUUGAGAAGGAAAAAGAGACCCCAGUUGAUCACAUGUAAAGUCAGGAGUUAAUUGGAGUAUCUAGGAACUGAAUCCACUGCAGAUAACAUUUUCUUUAUGGUUUAUGAUAUUUAUUUCAAUAAAAUUUAUUGAGCA